CUGCGCUUGCGCAUAAGUCGUGUUGGUCAGUCCUCGAUGUGAAGACGGGUGUCUUCUGAAAUAAUGCGCCGUGUAGUCUCGCAUUGCUUUCAUCGUAAGGGCAAUGUUGGAGUCCGCUGAAACGUCGGUCGGUAACUAUCAGAGUGCACGGCGCAACAUCCCGGAAGACAUCCAUUUUCUUAAUCGCCGCCGUCGGUUUGAGCCAGGCUUGUGCACACACGCGGCACGGAUUCUGCGUGAACGAUUACAAACAUGGCGACAGUGCAGAACUUGGACUUUAUAUCCGGCGUUUUUGACGUCGCUGUGAAAGACGAGUUCUUCCCACAACUUUCUAUAUUUUUUUCAGGUCCUCGUUUUAAUUGCAGAGAAUCCAUUGAAUGCUUUCGAGAUAUUGUUUUCGUCUUUGCUUACAAGUUCUGUGUCUCCAAUGAUUUUCGGUAUGACAGACCAUUGUAUUUUAAUAUAUUUUUGGACUCUUUCUGUAUUAUAUUCCUGUCGGAUGGUGUUGUUGCUUCUGUCACUAAGCAAAUUGAUUAAUUUAAUUUGGGCUCUUAUAUCUGAUGUCAGUAGCUUUGAUUGGAGACUGUCAGACAUUCAGCCAUUUUCCGCAACAUUUAGAUUUUUUUUUAUUUCCGCUCGUAUUUAUGUUGUAUCUCAAUGUGUUGUAAUGUGUAACAGUGUUAUCUGCAAUAAAUUGAGAUGUUUCAAACACGAUGUCGCUCUAAACAGCAGGUACGAUGCCAUCUGGUAGUAGUAUUUAGAACUAGUGUUCAAUUCCGAUCGCGGUGCGCCACUCCCCCUUAUCCUGCUCUGUUUGCUGUGUCCGCGGAAGAUUUACACAACGAAUGUGAUACAAGAAGCAGCUGCGACUCUUUUUUGUUUAGUGUGGCGUGCGUCAAGUGUAACGAAGAUCGUGUGCCCUUUCUUUCUUUCUUUUUUGUUGGAGGCAAGCUAAUGGGGAAGAUGUCAAAACAUGGCCACCAUUCUGCUUUGCAGAAGAUUCGUGCUUGGACAUCAGAGCAAGUUCAGAAAGUGCUCACAGACCACGGCCUUGGGGAGUGUUGCGAGGCGGUUAGAAAGCGCGAGGUGGACGGUGACUUGUUCCUGACGUUGACCGAAGGUCAACUGGCUUUAUGGAAGCGAGACUUAAAUUUGGCGACACGCAAGAAGCUAACACACUUUGUACAGGAUGUGAUAGCGCAGCCUGAGAAGUAUGUGCAGACAGACAGCAUCAUAGUGACUCGGGGCAAAGAGCCAGCAGUGAGUCUGCCUUCUGAUGCGAUACAUAAUAGGAAGAGUGACCACGUGUCCUGUUUAUCAGGGAAGAUCUCACCAUUCAGUGAUUCUGAACCGUGGGACACAGACUUCAGCGAUGAUGAGGACACCAGUAAGUUGCAGGCAUCUAGUGUCACUGUGGCAGAGUACUGUAACAGCGAGGUCGUGAAGAAGCCACCCAUUCCAGCGCGGCCUCCAGCACUCGCAUCCAAACCGGCCUCUACGCCAUCAGCACCUAGCAAGAGCUGUAACCUGCCAAAACCACCAGUACCACCUGAGAGCAGUUGCUAUGGGCACGUCAAGUUACUGGUCAGCAGUCUCACUCUGCCAGAAAACGGCGACCAGUUUGACGAGGAAGAGUACGAGAGCGUGGAUGGAGAGGUCCUUAAUUCCGACGUAAAUGCAUUGGCAGCCAAGCUCAAAAAGUCCCUGGAGGCCCGCGCACAGUCCGCACCUUCCGCGAGACAACCCGUGCCCAGUACUUGGCACUUGCCAGCAUUCCCGCAACAGACUGAUGAGCUGCCAGAGGGGCACCUGAACGACGGAUAUGAUUCUGACGAAUACGAGUCUAUCAAGGAGAAUGAGAAGCUGACUCACCUACCACCUGUUGAUGGUGCAGAGUACUACCUGCAGCCAGUGCAGCAGCAUCCAGAUCAGAGCAGCGGGGGAGCCCCUCCACUGCCUGCAAAACCUUGGAGCAAACCUCCCGAUGCAUCCCUGCCCUCUGCAAAGCCGCCGUCGCCUCCGAGAAGGAAGUCGGAUGACAGCCCAAACAGUCCUGGAAACUCAGGGGAUGGGGUGACAGGACUGAUCGGCGAGAUUUUGAGAAAGUUACGAAGCCCAGCCAUCAGUUCCUUGCAAGACUCCAGAGAGAGGACGCCGACACCAGAAGUGAAGAAGGCUGCGACACUGCCUACUGCCAGCCACAAGCUGUCUCCAGCGGAUCAGCGACCAGUCACAUUGCAGGGUAGCCAACGCCCACUACCACCCACACCAGAGGACAAGAAGUUACUAGAGAAGCCUGGCACUGCCAGAUCACGCAGAACCUCUAAGGUGGGACUCUCGCACCAGCCGUGGUAUCACAAUGUGGAUCGAAAGCAAGGCGAGGAUAUGCUGCGGAAUGGGGAGAACGGCAGUUUCCUCGUUCGCCCAUCAUCACAGCCGCAGAAUCCCUUGACGCUCGUGCUGUGGUACAACAGGCGACUGUACAACAUUAGUAUCCGAUACAGAGCAGAUGGACGCUAUGCGCUUGGAUCUGAGAAGGCAAAUGAGCUGAGUUUUGCAUCGGUGGAGGAACUGGUGCAGAACUACCAAUCUGAGAAGCUGGUGCUGUUCAGUGCGGGUGAGAAGACAGGCCGCACGCUGCUCACUUCUUCGCCACCUCAGAGUUUUCAACACAGCAUGUGAUUCUUCCCAAUGUACGAAACAGCUCCGUGAUUUGGUCAGUGAGAAGGUUCAUAGUAUGCAGUUGGGCAGUCUGUCUCACUCGUUGUUUGUUAGUGACUUCCUGUUUACAGCAGAAGUUGUGAAUUCUCCUGGAAAAGCAGUGACAACCGGCAUCCUUGCCAGCUUGUGUGCUGGUUUCUAAGUGACAAUACUAGUAAAUAUCACAAGCUGAUACAGCAUUGUUAAAGGAGGGGUUUCUCAGGAUGUUCACAAUGUGCAGUUGGUAGAUCUGCAUGCCAAGUGCUGUGUCCACUGUGUUUCCAGACCAAAGUGACCAAGCCCAGAGGUUUUUUCUUGCUGUUACAGCAAAUCCCACCAUUGAACCUUGUUUGUGUGAUGAUGGUCUUUUUGUGCCUGCCAGCAGGCAUGCAGGAAACUGCUCUAAGGGGCACGUUUGUGAUUUAUUUGUAGCUGACAGCUAUGUAUAAAGCUGGCAUGUUGGGCAUUUUGAGAGAACAGGAAUUUAGUUCAACACUUGUGAAGAAAUUAGAACAAGCAAGAUUACUGACUGGUACAUAAGAGAGUCAUUGCUGGGUUCGUGGUGGCUACCAUUGCCUCCGACAGGCUUGCAAUUAUUAUUGGUGCAAUGUAUUGCAUUGCUCGAUACAACAGGCAUGUGAAGUCUCAUGCUAUUUUCAACCUAUUACUUCCACUGUGAUUUGUUUUUAUCUAAAGUAACAUGAUUCUGUACAUAAGGAACGUGAUGGUAUGCCUUAUUGCCAUAGUAUCUUGCAUUGGUUAUAUGAUAGGAGGGGUGGACGCCUGCAGUCUGUCUGUUGCCUUGUAAAAUAGCUGACUGCACAGUUCAUUCUGAUUAGUGUCAGUAUGUUAAGACGUUGUUGCACUUAACAUACUAAGAUGUAAAUUAAUCUGAGUCUCUUGGGUACAGCUAAGUGUUGGUUAACAAAACACCAUCUGCGAUCCAUGUCUACUACAAUUUCUGUUGUACAGUUGCUUCCCAUUGUGAAUCUGGAUCCACUCCAGCUGGUGGUUACUUGUUUAUGUGUUCCAUACUACUCAUUGUAUUCUUUAACCCAAGGGCAUGGCCUCUUUGCCCUGAGAUGGAUGGUCACCUGGUUGUGGGUGGGUUCUUUCAGUAUGACAGAAAGUGGGACCAACCUGAUGAUCGUCGAAUAAUACAAGUCUGAAGUGUAACCAAAAGGGUGUGACGUAGCCCUCGAAAGUCAUAUAAUUCCCAUUGAACCAAAGAACAUUGAUUAUAUUGCAACAGGGUGGAAGCUGUUUGUGCUUUGUCCUCAGUUAUUUUCAUUUUUCCUUGUUCUGGCCUUGCACAAGCAUUAUUCUGUUUUGCCCACUGCCUUCCUCAUAACAUGUGAUGUUCUGGUUUCAGAUUUUAUCCCUCCUUGUUAAUUUGUCUCUUCUGGAAUUGUCCUCAGUGAUAAAGGAAAUGAACUAUGGUCAAUAUAGCAAUUGUUUUGUAAAUCUCUUGCAGCUGUUUUCUUUCAUAGUGAAUUCAGUAGUACCAAAUUAAUGAGUUUUAAAACAGAACAGGCAGGGCAUCAGUUUUGCUGCAAGGUUUAUGUUGUACAGGGCUGAAUAUAAUAAACUUUUCUGCCAUGUCAGUUA